UUCUCUAUACCCCACGCCACGAAAAGUAACCAGCAGCAGGAAGAACGAUUGGGCGGAGGGGGUGGUGGGGGCAGAGAGAGCUUCAAAAUCAAGCAAGCUUUCGAAUCCCACAAAAGCAAGCACCUCCACCAUUAUAUAAAAGUAAAAGCAAAAUCCCGGCAUCCAUCGCCACCUCAAAAGGAAAGGCACCAAUUUAUCCACCCUCUCCCUCCUCUCCUUCCCCUAAAGCAAAAGAAAACCAAAGAAUUGAUCGACAUCGACAAACGCAUAACAUGAGAUCAUGACGUCGUCGCCGACGGUUCGUAAGCUGGUCGUUGAGGUAGUGGACGCCCGCGAUCUCGUUCCCAAAGACGGUCAGGGCACCUCCAGCCCCUAUGUGGUGAUCGACUUUGCCGGCCAGCGCAAGCGCACCCACACCCGUGCCCGUGAUCUCAAUCCCCAGUGGCACGAGCGUCUCGAGUUCAUCGUUUCCGAUCCCUCUUCCAUGGAGCUCGAAGAGCUUAACAUCGAGAUCUACAACGACAAGCGCUUUGGACCCGUAGCCUCAACCACUCGAAAGAACAAUUUUCUCGGCCGCGUCCGCAUCUACGGUUCCCAGUUUGCUCGUCGUGGCGAGGAGGGCCUUAUCUAUUUCCCUCUCGAGAAACGCAGUCUUCUUAGCUGGAUUCGCGGCGAGAUAGGCCUAAAAAUUUACUACUUUGAUGACGACAAGAUUCCUGGCGAGGCCAAGAAGCCAGAAUCAGUUUCCCCUCCACCAGUUUCCGCUGCUCCGGAGCCAACAGAGAUACCCGCUCCUACCGAGGCCGCCAUCGAGUCGCAAGCGCCGCUGCCCAUCCCGGUCAUAAACGUCGAGGAAAUACCACCUCCGGCCGAGCAACGGCUGUCUUCGGCGCCAGACGAUACUCAGCCACCGUCGGAGGUCAAGAAGGCGCAGAAUUCUGCGAGCUCGGACCGUGUACGCGUUACCCGCCGGCCAAACGGCGGAGCAGAUUACACCCAUUUCACGCGGGUCUUAUCCGGUCGGUUCAUAUCCUCAAGUGACUCGCUGGUUCCAUCUGCCUACGAUCUGGUCGAGCCUAUGCAGUACCUUUUCGUUAGACUUGUCCGCGCUCGUGGCCUCCGCCAAUGCGAGAGCCCCUACGUCAAAAUCCGGUCCGGUUCACACUCUAUGAGGUCGAAAGCGGCACGUGAAACCUCUGGCAACCCGGAAUGGAACCAAGUGUUCGCCUUAAGCCAGUCCAAGCCGGACCCCACUCUGGAGAUCUCAGUUUGGGACAGCGGUCCCGGCGAAGGUUUCCUCGGCGGCGUCUGUUUCGACCUCUCUGACGUUCCCAUACGAGAGCAGCCUGAUGGUCCGCUAGCCCCGCAAUGGUACCACCUCGAGGGCGGCGAAGACCCCCACAUCACCGGUGAUAUAAUGGUUUCCGUCUGGCUUGGUACCCAAGCCGACGACGCUUUUCCUGAGUCCUGCAACUCCGACGCACCAUACAUUACCUAUACUCGCUCAAAAGUCUACCAAUCGCCAAAGCUAUGGUACCUCCGUGCCUCGGUAAUUGAAGCGCAGGACCUCCGUGUUCCUCAGACGCCCCUCGGCUCACUUGUAGAUCUCCGCGUAAAGAUCCAGCUCGGCUUCCAGUCCGCGCGCACCAGACGCUCCAUCUCAAACUGCAAUACCUCCACCUUCUCCUGGCUAGAAGACUUGAUGUUCGUGGUCUCGGAGCCUCUCGAUGACCAAUUGAUUGUUCUCGUGGAGGACCGCUCCGCUAAGGAUCCCGUUCUGCUUGGUCACGCCGUCAUCCCAGUGGCCACCAUCGAUCAGCGCCUUGACGAACGACAUCUUGUGCCUUUCAGGUGGUUCAACCUUGAUGGCAGCGGAAGUAAUGGGCAUGGACAGGGUGGAGUAGCUUACGGCGGGAGGAUACAAUUACGCCUCUUCUUGGAGGGCGGCUAUCACGUACUAGACGAGGCUGCUCACGUGUGCAGCGACUUCCGUCCUACAGCGAAGCAGCUUUGGAGGCCGGCGGUUGGGGCGCUGGAGCUUGGGAUUCUUUCCGCUCGCGGGCUUCAACCAAUGAAGACUAAAAGCGGGGGAAAAGGUUCAACGGAUGCCUAUUGUGUUGCCAAAUACGGGAAAAAGUGGACGCGAACGCGGACAAUCACUGACAGCUUCGACCCACGGUGGAAUGAACAAUAUACAUGGAAGGUUUACGACCCCUGCACAGUGCUCACCAUCGGCGUCUUUGACAACUGGCGUAUGUUCGCUGAAGGAGGAGAAGACCGCCCGGACUACCGCAUCGGCAAAAUCCGCAUCCGCGUCUCCACAUUAGAAAGCAACCGCGUUUACACCCAAUCAUAUCCUCUUAUGGUGCUGCUUCGUUCGGGGUUAAAGAAAAUGGGAGAAAUUAAAAUAGCCGUGCGCUUCGCCAGCUCCGCUCUACUACCUGACACCUGCGCCCUCUACGCCACUCCCAUGUUGCCGCGAAUGCACUACCUAAGGCCAAUAGGCGUGGCACAACAGGAAGCGCUCCGUGGGGCGGCCAUUAGAAUAGUUGCCGCGUGGCUGGCAAGAGCGGAACCGCCGCUUGGUCCGGAGGUCGUGUGCUACAUGCUUGACGCUGACUCCCACUCUUGGAGCCUACGACGGAGCAAGGCUAACUGGUAUCGUAUCUUGGGGAUCAUAGCGUGGGCGGUUGGGCUGGCUCGAUGGCUCGACGACGUGCGCCGGUGGCGAAAUCCGGUUACAACUGUCUUAGUUCAUCUCCUAUACUUAGUACUAGUGUGGUAUCCGGAGCUGGUUGCCCCAACAGCGAGUUUAUAUUUGUUUUUAAUCGGGGCAUGGUAUUAUCGAUUUCGACCUAGGGGGCCGGCGGGAAUGGACGCGCAUCUGUCGCAGGCAGAAGGCGCGGAAGGGGAUGAGCUGGACGAAGAGUUUGAUGGCAUGCCAAGUGGGAAGACAACGGAGGUUGUGAGGGCGAGGUAUGAUAGGUUGAGGAUGUUGGCAGCGAGGGUGCAAUCGGUGAUAGGGGAUUUGGCGGCUCAGGGGGAGAGGGUUCAGGCGUUGGUGAGUUGGAGGGAUCCGAGGGCGACGAGGGUUUUUAUUGUGAUGUGUUUGGUGGUGUCUCUUGUGCUUUAUGUUUUGCCACCGAAGAUGGUGUCGGUGGCGCUGGGUUUUUAUUUUUUGAGGCAUCCCAUGUUUAGGGAUCCUAUGCCGCCUACUGUACUCAACUUUUUUCGCCGGCUGCCGAGUCUGUCUGAUAGGUUGUUGUAAAUAGGCUGGUGUUUGGGUGGGAUUAAUUUUUGUUUAGGGCAGGAAUGAUAACUAUGAUGGAUUAAUUAAUGGUUUUAUAUUUGACUAUUGUGAGGAUUGAUGAUUGAUAAGGAGAUUGUUCAAACAACAUCAAGUACUAAUAAUGUUGUAGUAAA